UGGUCACGAGCGUGACAGCGCGCGCUACCCAGCAUGCGCCGCGGCGUGAGGCUCCGCCACAGCCAAGAUGACCGACUUUGAGGAGCCGCUUUCAGACGAGGAGAAGGUCCGCAUCGCAUCUAACUUUGUGACCCACGCUCCCCCAGGAGAAUUCAAUGAAGUCUUCAAUGAUGUGCGACUCCUCCUCAACAAUGACAACCUCCUUCGGGAAGGGGCAGCACAUGCCUUUGCUCAGUAUAAUAUGGAUCAGUUCACACCUGUCAAACUGGAUGGAAGUGAGGAGUCGGUUCUGAUCACCGAGCAUGGAGAUCUGGGUCAGGGACGGUUCUUCGACCCACGGAAGCGGGUUUCAUUCCGUUUCGAUCACCUCCGAAAGGAAGCGAGCGAUCCUCAGUCUUACGAGGGAGAGACCGGCCUCCGGUCCUGGAGAGACGCCUGUGAUGAAGUGCUCAGUGCUUACGUGAAGGAGCACUAUCCCAGUGGAGUUUGCACGGUCUAUGGGAAAACUGUUGAUGGUCAGCAAACAAUCAUUGCUUGUAUUGAGGGUCAUAAGUUUGAGCCCAAAAACUUUUGGAAUGGCCGGUGCAGGUCAGAGUGGAAGUUCACCAUUAGUCAGUCAUCAGCUCAGGUGGUGGGAGUAUUGAAGAUCCAGGUGCAUUAUUACGAGGAUGGUAAUGUUCAACUGGUGAGCCAUAAGGAAGUGGAGGAGUCCAUUGUAGUGACUAAUGAAAUCCAGACUGCCAAGGAAUUUAUAAAAAUCAUUGAAAAUGCUGAAAAUGAUUACCAGACGGCUAUCAGUGAGAACUACCAGACAAUGUCGGACACCACCUUCAAAGCUCUCCGCAGACAGCUGCCCGUCACUCGCACUAAGAUCGACUGGAACAAGAUCCUCAGCUACAAGAUCGGCAAAGAGAUGCAAAACGCUUAGAACCACCCCGGUUCCUUUUCCUUCUUUUAAAUAGCAGAGCCGGCUCUCAGAACACCACAGGCCGUUCACUCAGUCUGAAGAAGUCUCCCAAAAAUGAAAAAAAAAAAAAAAAAAAACUGUUUAAAAGAGGAUGUAAUUUCAGUCAACUUUCUGUCAUUAAUGGACUUCGAUGGGUCUCAGCUGUGGAAGAGGUUUAAACGAGAACUUGAGGGAUCGUGGAUCUAAAUUAUCGACAGUUAUUGCUUUUCUCUCAUUUACCCGCUCGCAAGUCACUCAAAGAGUUUGUAUUGUUUUGACUUGUCUUUUUUUUGUGAACUGUUACAGCUGCAAUACUUGUGCAAACGGUUUUGUGUUUUAAAACAGUGGAUAAGUUAUGCCUCAUUCACUCUAUUUCUAAACCCCAAUCAGGCGACAACCCCCUUUUCUUCCUCUUCCUCCACCUACUGACAACCUGGAGAGAUGAGAUUUCCUGCUGUCCUGUCCUCAACUAUCCAGGUUGUAACAGGGAAAAUUAUGAUGUUGGGAGAGGAGGGGAAUGGGUUGUGUGUCUGUGUUUGGAAUGGUCAUCUGUCUUAACUGCUUUCUUCGUAUCUUUCUCUAAAAGUGACUCACAAUCUGCUAAACUAAAAUGGUUUAAUAACCAAAAAAGACAAAAUAAAUGAAUCCAUGGAUAACCCUCUUUUUGUGGCAAAGACAUCCAAAUUAAGGCUUUAUUUUUAUAAUUACACACCUGUUGACUUGUUUUCAGAUAUAGUUCAGACUGUCUGUUACAGGUACUUGUGAUGCAUUUAGGGUAUCCACAGUCUGCGACAAAUCCAAAACCCACACAGUAAAUCCGAUCUCUGUGAACUGACUGAGCUCCGUUGCAUGUUUCUGCCGCACUGCUUUCACGUUGACUUUAGUCUUGUUUGUCUUUACUGUUCCAUCAAAGAUCCUCUGUAAUAUACACCCAUCAUGUAAGACUGCAUAUUCUCUUUCUCUCGUAACCUUUAUUUUAUUUUUUUUCAGAUUUUAAAUCAUGCAAAAUUAAUGUCAACUCACAGUAAAUGGCAACCAUAAUGACUAAA